GAACAAUUAUAUAAAUCAAUGAAAAUGAUGGAUAUUGAAUCAGAUAGCGAACCCAUUAAUAUAGAAUUAAUAAAAAAAAUGAAAGUUGAAGAAUAUAUAGAGUAUCAAAUUAACCGCCAAAUAGAACUAUUAAAUAAAUAUACCGAAAAAAAGAUACAAGAUCUUACAGAUCACAAAAAUACAUUAAAAAAAGAAAUUAUCGAAAAAAACAAUCAACAAAUUGAUGAAAUAUUAAACAAUAGCAAUGGUGUUUUAAGCAAUAACCAAGACGAUGAUGAAUAUGACGACGAAGAAUAUGAAAAUAAAAGCGAUGACAAUCAAGUAGAACUUGGCCAAGAUGAUGAAGAAUUUGAAGAAGAAGAAGAAGAAUUUGAAGAAGAAGAAUUUGAAACCCAAUAAAUUAUGUGUAAAAAUAAUAUAGAAAAUACAAUUAUAUAUAAAAGAUAAAAAAAUAAAAAAAUAAAACUAAAUUAAAUUAACUAGUUUUUGUAAAUAUAUCAUUAAU